GGAAUGGUAAACUGUACAUGUUCGGCAGUAACAACUGGGGCCAAUUAGGACUAGGAUCAAAGAACACUGUCAGCAAACCAACAUGUGUUAAAGCUUUAAAACCAGAAAAAACAAAACUUGCUGUUUGUGGAAGAAACCACACUUUAGUUUACACAGAAAAAGGAAAUGUGUAUGCUGCUGGAGGUAACAGUGAAGGUCAGUUGGGAUUGGGUGACACAGAGGAAAGGACCACAUUUCAUUUAAUUAGUUUUUUUACCAACCAGCACAAGAUCAAACAGCUAGCAGCUGGAUCAUACACCUCAGCAGCAGUAACUGAGGAUGGGCAGCUUUUUGUGUGGGGUGACAAUUCGGAAGGUCAGAUUGGCUUGGCUGAUGAAGCCUGUGUAAGUGUCCCUUGUCAAGUGAACGUUGGAAAACCUGUUUCCUCUGUAUCCUGUGGAUAUUAUCACUCUGCCUUCAUAACAGGAGAUGGUGAGCUCUAUACUUUUGGAGAACCUGAGAAUGGGAAACUGGGAUUAUUGCCUGAACAGCUGAAGAACAAUCGAGUCCCACAGCCUGUACUGGGAAUUGUGGAAAAGGUUAAUAAGGUUGCUUGUGGUGGAGAACACACAGUGGUGCUGACAGAGACAGAUGUAUAUACUUUUGGACUUGGACAAUAUGGACAGCUGGGACAUGGUACUUUUAUUUUUGAAACUUCAGUACCAAAGUCUGUGAAACACUUGAGGAGGCAUAAAAUAUGUAACAUUACAUGUGGGGAAAAUCAUACUGCUGUAAUUGCAGAGAAUGGCCUCAUGUUUACUUUUGGAGAUGGGCGACAUGGCAAGUUAGGACUUGGAGAAGAAAAUUUUACAAAUCAGUUUGAUCCCACUCUGUGUUAUAAUUUCUUGAGGUUCACGGUCCUUUUGGUUGCUUGUGGUGGUUGUCACAUGCUAGUUUUUGCUGCUCCAAGACCUAAAGGAUCUGAAGAAAUAGUCUUAGAAGAUUUAUAUGAGAGCCGUUUGACUACUACUAUCUCUAAAAUGAAUGGAGACUCACUACUAACAAACACCUUACAACUAACAUCUGCACGCAUGCGACGUCGAGAGAGGGAAAAGUCACCAGAACAGUUUAUUCGAAUGGCACGAACCCUGCCUCCACUGGGAGAAGGCUUCCUAAGAUCUUCAUUGCCUGUGACAAGCAACACUAGCCCACUUUGUUUUUCUGCAAGAAGUCUUCCUAAAGCUGAACCUAUGAAGGAUAGACACCAUGAAAAAGAAAAGAAUCAUCAAAAAGAUAAACCUGGUGAAGGCUCUGCAGAAGAAGAUUCAGAUGAUGAAAAUAAUGACAGAAACCUUGGAGAUACAAGUGACAUCCUAAAUAUGACACAUGCAAUGAAAUUGAAUCCCAGUGACCAGUCCUUACAGUUAUCACCACUCCAGAAACAAAAGAAGAACAAAAAAAAUGUGAAACUGAAAAGAGAUGGUAAGGGUGGGCUGAAAAACAAGGAUUCUGAUUUCAUGAAGGAGGGCUCAAAAUUAGACUCUGGGUCUUUACAAAAGCAGUCUUCACUUUCAGAAUCACCAGGACAAGAUUUAGAAAAAAACAGUGCCUUUGUAGGGAAGCCUGUGGCCAAAAAAAAUACAACGAAAGGUAAAUCUGAGAAUGCACAAAGUGUUAGUACUUUCAAAAGUGAUGUUCAACAAAUUACUAGGGACAAAUGCAGAUUAGUGAAAAGGGAAAAAGAAUAUGUGGAAAAUCCUGAAUUUGUCAGAGAGGAGGUACCUUAUAAUCUUCCCGCUGAAAAACAAGUUCUGACUGAAAAAACAAAUUCUUCCAAUAAAAAGUCAAAAGCUGUUAAAUCAAAGCAAUCCCUUAAAAUAGAUGUACUUCCUUCUGCACCCAGGCCCAAGACUGAUCCAUUAAUUGUACAAGAAUACAAUCCUGUAAAGCAAGGAAGUCAAGAAGCAGUAGAAAGCCGAAACAAAAUAGAGGAUGUUGUUGAAAAAUCUGAUAAAUGUGAAAGAAUAUGCAUCAGAGAAAAAGAAAGUAGUGACAAGCAAAAGGUUUUUAAAAAAAAGGAUCAAUUUUUAAAACAAAUAGCUGUAACUAUGUCAUCAUCUUCAUCUGAGGAAAGCAGUCGUGAUCUUGCAAAAUAUGGACGUAAGAGUAGGGAAAAAGAAGAGGACUACUAUGAAGGCAGAGAGGUCCAGAAGGCAAUGAAAACAGUAGAAAACGUGGAAGAUUUGGACUUAGAAAAAGAAGACAAUGAGACUGAGGAAGCUACAAACAGCGAGAAAGAAUGUGUAGAAGAGACUGAUAUAAAAAGUCUGAAUGAGGAAGAAACAAACUCUGAAGCCAAAUCUGAUGAAGACAGGCUGUUAGAAAUUAAGAAUGAGGAGGCAUCUAUUCAAGAGCAGGAGAGUGAAGGCAGUGAAAAGGGUGAAAGUGAAAAACUAGAUGAAACAGUUGACAGUGAAGGUGAACUAGGGAAGAAAGAAGAGAGUGAGGUUAAAAAAGACAGAUAUGAAGGUUCAGUAGAACAAGAUGAAGACGAAGAAGAAAAAGAUAACGAGGAAGAAAAUGAAAGAGAGAAAUCACAGGCUGAACAAGAUGAUCAGAAUGAGGGUGCAGAAGAGAUUGAAGAGAUUAAUCAGGAAGAUGGCAAAGAGCAAGGAGAUGAGGAAGGCAGGUUGAUGGAGGAAGAAGAAAUGCUGAGUGAGGGAGAAGACAAGGAUAUGGAGGAGGAGGAGGAGAAUGAAAAAGACAAAGAAGGUGAAGAGGAGGAGUUAGAAGAAUCAUUGGCAGGAAGGGAAGAAGAUGAGGUAUCUGAAGAAGAACGGGAAGAGGAAGAUGCCAAUAGGCCUAAGGAGGUGGGAGAGUAUGGAGUGGAAGAAGAAGGAGAAGAAGGGGAGGAUGAAAUGAAAGAGGAAAGAGAGGAUGGGGAGGAGGGAGAGGAAGGAGCAGAGGCAGAAGCAAAAGGGGAAGAGGGGGAAGAAGAUGAAAACGAGGAAGAGGAGUGGGAAAAUGAAGAAGAGGAAGGGGAAGAAGAAGGAGAAGAUGAAGAAGAGGGACAAGAGGUGGAAGAAGAUGAGGGAGAAGGGGAGGAAGAAGAAGAGAGAGAAGAGGUGGAAGAAGAUGAGGGAGAAGGGGAGGAAGAAGAAGAGGGAGUGGAUGAAGAAGAGGGAGAAGAGGGAGCGGAAGAAGGAGGAGAAGAGGGAGCGGAAGAAGGAGAGGGAGAAGAGGGAGUGGAAGAAGGAGAGGGAGAAGAAGGAGUGGAAGAAGGAGAGGGAGAAGAAGUGGAGGAAGAAGAGGGAGAAGAGGGAGUGGAGGAAGAAGAGGAAGAGAGAGGGGAGGAGGAGGGAGGGGAGGAAGAAGAAGGGGAAAAGGGAGAAGAAGAAGGGGAAGAGGGAGAAGAAAAAGGGGAAGAGGGAGAGGAGGAACACGAAGGGGAAGAGGAAGAGAGAGAAGAAGGAGAAGAGGAGGAAGGGGAUGUGGGAGAGGAGGAAGAAGAGGAUGAAGGAGAGGAGGAAGAACAAGAGGAAAAGAGCAAAACCAGGAGGCCAGGGAAGAUGGAAAGUACUGCUUUACCAAACAGCUCUAAACAAAAAAUGAAAUCCAAACAACAUGUAGCAAAUGGUUUACAUAAUUCAGAACAAUUUUGGAACAAUGUGCUACCUCAUUAUUUAACACUAAAGUAG